AUGGAUGAGUCCAACCUAGCAACAAUACACGUUCCUAGUGGACCAUCUUCAUAUGCUCAGGAUCGCCCAAAUUAUGAUGGACUUACUCUCCAGCAACUGGUGAACCGCAAAGACAACCUUGAGGCAGAGCUAAAGGCAUUGGGAGCAGUCCUUGACAGCCAUGGAGUGACAAUGCAAUCCACCCUCACUACAUUUGAUGGAUUCCCUCGAGCUGAUAUUGAUGUCGCACAAGUUCGAGUGACGAGAGCACGCAUCAUUCAUCUCCGUAACGACUGGAAAGAGCUAAUGGACAAGAUCGAGAAGGCUCUACACCAGCAUCAUGCUAACAUACAAGCUGAAGAAGCCAAAAAGCCAGCAACAGUGAAUCAAGACUCAGCAUCUACAACUUCCUCAGGUCCUCCUCCUGCCCCCGAAGCACCUUUUGCCAAAGUCAACUCUGUCGAACCCGAAAGCCCUGCCAACGAGGCUGGUCUGAAGGCUGGUGAUCUGAUCCGAAGAUUUGGAACUGCUAUAUGGUCGAACCACGAGAGGUUGAGGAAAGUCGGCGAGGUUGUACAGCAGAAUACAGGUCGGCCUAUAUUGGUCAAGGUAUCGCGGCAGACUGGCAAUCAGACACAGGAGCUCGACUUACGGUUGACACCGCGUCAAGGUUGGGGAGGAAGAGGAUCUCUGGGUUGCCACAUAUUACCGCUGUAA